UUGCGCCAGUCUUUUGUAGUGUCUGAGAACUGAAAACUGAACCCAGGACCAUGAACUACGACGAGGAGCAGGCAAUGGAGGUCGAGGCGCUCAUGUCCAUCUACCCGGAAGAGUACCAAGAGAUCGAACAAUCACCGCGCCAAUUCGAACUGCGAAUCAACGCAACGCCAUCAACAGAGCCCGACAUGAUUAUCACGAUCGUGUUCAACUGCACGUUCACGCCAAAGUACCCAGAAGAGCUCCCAAACUUUGAACUCACCGUCGAGGAGGGUCUGGAAGAGGAAGACGUAGAACAGCUCAAAGCAGUCGUCCAAGAACAGGCUUUGGCAAAUAUCGGAACCCCAAUGAUCUUUACAAUUGCUUCGGCUGCAAAGGAGUGGGUGGAGAGCACACUGGAGGCGCGCCACACUGCCGAGCGCGAGGCUGCAGAGAAGGAGGCACAACGGUUGCACGAGGAAGCCAUCCGGGCGCAGGGCACCCCCGUCACACGCGAGAACUUUUUGUUGUGGAAACUACACUUUGAUCGCGAGCUCGACGAGCAGCGCCAAGCAAAUAACGCCCUCAAGGCCUCUGACGAACGCAAGAAGAAGCCAACAGGUCGACAGCUCUUCGAGCAAGACAAGUCACUCGGCACGUCCGAUGUUGCCAUUCUAGACGAGAACGAUGUCGUGAUCGACGAGUCGCUAUUCGACACCACUGACGAGCCGGCCGAGGAAGAGGACGAGGAGCGACCUUCGUUUGAGAUGGAAGACGAUGAUUAAGCCGAUUUGUUGUGAGAUUAAAGCAUUGCCUACAGUAGACAACGGCAAAAUACAUACUGGACAUGAUGAAAUUCGACUCUGAGUGGAGUAUCUGCUUCAUUAAAUCGAUAGUUUAUGUGCUAAUAUACAAGGGAAC